AUGUCAACUGACUUUGAGAGACACUUCCAGGAAUCUGUAGAUGACUGUUCGUUGGAGCAACUUAGAGAUAUCUUGGUGAACAAAUCGGGCAAGAGUGAGCUCGCAAACAGAUUUAGAGCUCUAUUCAACUUGAAAUGUGUCGCCGAAGAGUUUGAGACUAAGCCAGAAGACGCUAAGAAGGCUGUGGAUUACAUUGCUGAGGCAUUUGGUGACAAGAGUGAGCUGUUGAAGCACGAAGUCGCCUAUGUGCUGGGCCAAACUAAGAACAUGGAAUGUGUUACUGCUCUAAGGAAGGCAACUUUGGACCAAAAUCAACAAUGUAUGGUGAGGCACGAAGCUGCAGAGGCUCUUGGUGCUCUAGGUGAUAAGGACUCUCUAGACGUCCUAGAGGAAGCUUACAAGAACGAUCCAUCCUUGGCUGUCAGAGAGACUGCCGAACUGGCAAUCAACAGAAUCAAAUGGCAACACGGUGGUGUCAAGGACAGCGAGAACCUACAACAAUCGCUGUACUCGAGUAUAGAUCCUGCACCUCCACUAGCUUUGGACAAAGACUACAAAGUUGAAGAGCUUAAGUCAAUAUUGAACAACACUGAGAAGCCAUUGUUCGAAAGAUAUAGAGCUAUGUUCAGACUAAGAGACAUUGGUACGGACGAUGCUGCUCUUGCGCUAGCUACUGGUUUCGACGACGAAUCCGCCUUGUUCAAGCACGAAAUCGCUUACGUGUUUGGCCAAAUGGGAAAUCCCGUUAUUGUUCCAGCUUUGAUCGAAGUUCUAGCACGUAAGGAAGAAGCUCCAAUGGUUAGACACGAGGCUGCAGAAGCAUUGGGUGCUAUAGCUACAGAUGAUGUUUUGCCAGUGCUGAAGUCGUACCUGAACGACGAAGUGGACGUUGUCAGAGAGUCUGCCAUUGUUGCUCUAGACAUGUACGAGUACGAAAACAGCAACGAGCUAGAGUACGCUCCAGCCAACUAA